AUGAUAUGGCAUGAUAUGGCAGCGCUGCUGCUGCGUGAGCUGCCUGAGACCUCUGUGAGCUGCUACUUGUGGAAACGACUAGAGAAAGCCGCGCUUGGCGAAGAGACAGUUUGCGGCCUUUUGUCGGAGUUGCAGCGGGGCGGAGACACCAGCAGUGUGAUGGAAACAGUACGGCAGCGAGUCGCUGUUGCUGCUGCUGCUGCUGCCGCUGCAGCAGACGCAGCCAAUGCUGCUUUCCUAAACGACCUACAACAAACAGGCUUCAGGGGCGGAGGAGCAUCGUUUGCAGCGCACCUAGCCGUCUUUAGCGGCAAAUUUGAAGAAGCGCAGAAGCUGCUGAUGCAGCGACGAGAGACAGACACGCUGCAGCAGCUUCAACAACAGCUCCACAGGUGGCAGGACUGGAUUAAUCUAUUGGAACAACAAGAGGACCCGAGGGCCGCGGAUGCCAAGAAAGAGUUCAAGGCAUUUCUUUUAGCAGAACAUCGUUACGAGGAGGCGGCGGCGAUUGCUGCAGCGGAAAGAAACUCGAAGGAGGCAGUUGAAUUGUUUCUCAAGGCCCGCGUCCCCUUGAGGGCUGCCGCCUAUAUUUUCUCCUCUCUCCCCGCUCACCCCCUGACCUAUUCCUCUUCAUCUGAGAUCACUGAAGUUAACGACAAUGAUGAAGUAUCCACAGCUGAGAAUUACGCUUCUCUCGGUGGACUAGAGACCGUAGACACCAUUGCGAACGAACUAAAGGAAAUUGAGCUGACAGAAAAAGCUGCUGAACUGUACAGACACGUGGGCCAGUGGACAAAGGCACUUUCGCUUUACCAGCAAGGCAGAAAUUACGCAAAGGCGGUGGAACUAGCAGAAAAUGUGUCGCCCGAUCUUCUGCCGCAGCUGCAUGCGGAGUGGGCUACUGAUUGCCUACACAGAGGAGAGGCCGAAGCUGCAGUGCUGCAUUUCACAGCAGCUGGCUGCGGUGACAAAGCAGUGGAGGCGUGCGUCCGGGGGGGCCUCCUGAGACAGGCGAGGCAGUUGCUGAAAGUACAGAAGGGCCCGCUGGUUCCGCAGCAGCUGCUCAGCCUGGGGAAACAACUGGAAGAGGCAGGAGAUUUAUCAGAAGCAGAAGAGGCGUACUUAGACGCGAAUGCCGCGACAAGAGCAGUGAAGAUGAGGAUGGACAGGGGACAUUUGGCUGCUGCCUUGAAGGUGGCGCACAGAGCGGCAGAAGACAAGGAAAUGAAGCCCUUUUUGCAGAGGCUUGCAAAACAAUUGGCAGCAAAUAAAAAAUUUAAAGACGCGGAGGCGCUCUUGCUGGCUGUGGGGGACUUAGAAGGAGCUUUGCAUCUUAUGCAGGCCUAUAAACAAUUCGAUCGUUUGCUACUUCUUCUUGAUUCUUGUUCGCUUGUUGAUGCGUCUCGUUGUUUGCUUGCGUGCCUAUCUGUUUUCCUACAUGUCGGUUCUGAGAAGAGGGAAAUUCUCUGCAAGCGAAUGGCCAAUCAACUCAGAAGCAGCAAGUGCCAUCAAGAAGCCGAACGCCUCUUCCUCGCAUGUGGAGCUUGGCAAGAGGCAGCCGAUAUGUACAGAGAAGAAGGAGAAUGGGUAGAGGCGGAGCGCGUUGCUGUUGCUGCGGGUGGGGCUGCAGCAGGCACACGCAUGAAGAUUCUGCAUGCAAGAGAAAUCCUUAAGACGCAAAGCCCCGAGGCAGCGGUUCAAAUGCUUCUCAAGGUCAUUGAACUCGACAACUAA